ACAAGCCUCAUAGCUGCCCGACAGAAAGCCAAUAUUCCCUAACUCUUAAAGAUUACUUUCGUAAGAAGGUAUAUAGAUAAGAGUGAGUAUUGAGUUGGAAAUAUCGUGGUGCUCAAGAUGACAUCAGUCCAAGGGCUGAAGUUCAAGCGGCGAUCACAGACAAUGGAGGAGAUCGACCUGGGAGAGAAGGGCGUGGUUGCGAACGGCUUCGAUCCUGCUGCGGGGGUGACCUACGCGUGGCGCAAUCUCAAUGUCUUCGCCCCGGGCAAAGGCUUCAUCAAGAAGUCGCCCAAGACUCAUAUCCUGAAGGACGUCUCAGGGAUGUGUGAGGGCGGGCAGCUGCUGGCUAUCAUGGGCUCGUCAGGAGCAGGGAAGACCACACUCCUCAACGUCCUCACCUUCAGGACGACGAAGCUGGAGGUCUCAGGCGACAUUCACAUCAACGGUAAGCCGGUGGACAUGCGUACUAUCGCUGGCGUCUCGGCGUACGUCCAACAGGAAGAUCUCUUUACUGGCGUCUUCACCGUUAAGGAGCAGCUCCACUUCAAUGCUCAACUGAGGAUUGGCAAGGAGGUCUCACAGAAGGAUAGGCUGCAACGCGUGAAAGAAGUCAUGAAGGAACUGGGCCUGAACAAGUGCGCCAACACGAGGAUCGGCAUCCCAGGACGCAUUAAGGGAAUCUCUGGCGGAGAGAAGAAAAGACUCGCCUUUGCCUGUGAGAUGAUCACCAACCCUCUCCUGCUGCUGUGUGACGAGCCCACCUCCGGCCUCGACUCCUUCAUGGCCCAGAGUGUGGUCGGGGCCAUGAAGCGGCUCACUAGCUUGGGCAAGACGGUCAUUGCCACCAUUCACCAGCCCAGCUCAGAGGUCUUCGCCCUCUUCGACCGCCUCCUGGUCAUGGCCGAGGGCCGAGUCGCCUUCUCCGGCACGGUCGACCAGGCCCACUCCUUCUUCACCAGGAUGGAGCGCCCUUGCCCUGAAAACUACAAUCCGGGAGACCAUUUCAUCUACGCCCUCGCUGUCCGGACAGGCAUUGAGGAGGAGUGCCGGCAGUUUAUCACUCACGUCUGCGACUCCUACAGAGACGGUGAAGGCCAGGAGAUGGAUGAGAAGAUCAAGGAGGUCUUAAAGGAACCUGUCCACGGAGACCCCUUGGCCCACAUCAAGUUACCCAAGAGCCCUUACCGUGCCUCCUGGGGCAACCAGUUCGCCGCUAUGAUGAGGAGAAGCUUCGUAGAACUCUCCAGAGACCUCACUCUAGUGAUUACUAAAAUCGCGCAGUCGUUGUUUUUCUCCAUCGUGUUCGGCUUGAUCUUCUUCGACCUGGACAAAGAUGGCAUUUCGCUCACAUCUGUACAGAACAUCAGCGGUGUUCUCUUCGUGUUCCUCACCAAUAUGACGUUCUCCAACAUGUUCCCCGUCGUUACGACCUUCUCCGGGGUAAUGCCGCUCUUCCUUCGGGAGCACUGGAACGGACUCUAUCGCACUGACAUCUUCUUCCUGACCAGGAACCUCGUUGAGCUGCCCAUAUUCAUCAUAAGCCCCGUCGGCUUCAUAUCUAUUGCUUACUAUAUGGUGGGACUCAGGGCUGAUGUUGAGAACUUCUUCACAACGAUGUUGAUCAUGGUUCUGGUGGCGAACGUAGCAAUUUCGUACGGUUACAUGAUCUCCUGUAUGGCCAAGAACUACCAGACGGCGCUUGUCCUCUCUACACCUCUCACCUUCCCUCUCUUGCUCUUCGGCGGGUUCUACAUGAAGCCAGGGACGGUUCCCGUGUACCUGGACUGGAUGAGUUACCUGUCCUGGUUCCAGUACAGUUACGAGGCCCUGAGCAUCAACCAGUGGAAGAACACGAUGUUCUGCACCAACGAGACCAUCAGUGGCAACUGCUCUUCUGAGUUUGAAAUAGGAUCCGAUAUCAUCGCCACACUCGGUUUUGAUGAGAAACAUUUCGGGAUGGACAUCGGUGCUCUAUGCGCCCUGUUUGUUGGGUAUCGCUUCCUGGCCUUCCUCCUCCUCCUCUCCAAGACUAUUCGGUAGAUCACUUGACCAAGGAACACCACAGUGUUACAGCUGCCGUUGAAGACACGCGACUUAUGUUUUGUUCACAUUGUUCGUUGAUAUUUGUGAACUUGUGUGAGGUCUUGAGCGUGAGUGAGAGAGUUAUGUCGGAUACUGAGAUUCAUUCAGUAACUCUUCAGAGAUAGUGUGAGAGAGAGAGAGAGAGAGAAAGAGAGAGAGAGAGAGAGAGAAGGAACGAUUCUGAGGUGAAUUUUUAUCGUAUUUAGAUAAAUUUUUUAACAUUUA